AGAUGGGGCGGGACUUGAAGCCAAACUCCAGGUUUCCAAAAUGGCAGCGUCCAUAGAGCUAAGCUUAAACAAUUUACCUUCCGAUCCUUUGCUGUUAAUUUUAUCCUUUCUUGACUUUAGAGAUUUGAUUAGUUCCAGUUUUGUGAGUAGACGACUCAACGAGCUUUCCAGUCACAACCCAUUAUGGAAAGGCCUUUGUUUGAAACAUUGGCUUUUAACAGAGUCAGACAAAAUGCAGAGGGUUCGAACCUGGAAGGAACUCUUUAAAGAGUUCUAUGCUGACUUGGGUCGCUACAUUGAUCACUAUGGCACCCUAAAGAGAGCCUGGGAUGACCUUAAGAGAUAUCUUGAGCAGAGGUGCCCAAGAAUGAUUGCAUCUCUCAAGGAGGGUGCAAAGGAAGAAGAGCUGGAUGGUAUUGAAGCUCAGAUCGGUUGUAAGCUCCCAAAUGACUACCGGUGCUCCUACCGGAUACACAAUGGACAGAAGCUGGUUGUUCCUGGGUUAAUGGGAAGCAUGGCACUCUCUAACCACUACCGCUCAGAGGACCUGCUGGACAUUGAAACGGCAGCAGGUGGCUUUCAGCAGCGCAAGGGCAUGAGGCAGUGUUUGCCCCUCACCUUCUGCUUUCACACUGGCCUCAGCCAGUAUAUGGCCCUAGAGGGUACGGAAGGCCGCAGCCGCUGUGAGAUAUUCUACCACUGCCCGGAUCAAAUGGCACAAGAUCCGUCUGCAAUUGACAUGUUCAUCACAGGGUCCAGCUUUACUGAGUGGUUUACCUCGUACGUCCAUAAUGUGGUAACGGGAGAGUACCCCAUUAUCCGGGAUCAGAUCUUCAGGUACAUCCAUGAUAAGCAGUGUGUUGCCACCACAGGGGACAUCACUGUUUCAGUCUCUACCUCAUUCCUGCCAGAGCUCAGCUCGGUGCAUCCUCCGCAUUUCUUCUUUACCUAUCGGAUCAGGAUUGAAAUGGCAAAGAAUGCCCUCCCUGAGAAUGCCUGCCAAUUGGACAGCCGUUAUUGGAAGAUCACCAAUGCUAACGGAAAUGUGGAGGAGGUCCGUGGGCCAGGCGUUGUCGGCGAGUUCCCUGUGAUGACUCCGGGUAAAGUACACGAGUAUGCCAGCUGCACAACCUUCUCCACUACCUCGGAGUACAUGGAAGGCCAAUACACCUUCCACCGUCUCAAGAACAAAGAGGAAAUAUUUGAUGUCUGCAUUCCACGCUUCCACAUGGUUUGUCCUCCGUUCCGAGAGUCAAUGGUACGGUCGCAGGGAUCAGCAAGGGAUGUUUCCAGCUCGUCUUUCAAUGAAGACAACUCCUCUGACACAGAUGACUACGAUGAGGGCGAGUUUCGAGGCAUAAACAUGGCGGCACCGGGCGGACGAUGCCCACGACACAUCUGACACACUAAUCUCACUACAGAAGGAUUUUCACAUUUACAUUAGAGAUACAUUGUUUUUAUCCAUUGUAAAAUAAUCUAUUUACCAUGGGCAUUGCUCUAUGUAAACCUUUCUACUCCCCAGUACAAUGAAAUACUUCCACGCUCUCUGCAAUACAACCUCCCACGUAAAGUCCAGAUUGCUCCAUUGUUUGUUUUUCUUUUUUUUCUUCUUUCCAACAACGGAGCGAUCUGGAACUGAACAUUGAUGGAUGAGGGUGGGGCGCUGUCAGCUUUUUUUCAAUAGCGACAUUGUUCAUUCUCUAACUGGCCUGCCCAAAGUGCAUAUUGGAGUUGUAUCUAAAUUACUAGAAUUGCCUUUGGUCCUUGGAAUAUGUAGUGGUUGAAGGGGAAAAAACAGAUUUGCAUUGCCACAGGUUCAUUGUAGCUGUCUGGCGAAUGGAUCCCGCAAAAAGGCAAUUUUACUUCAUUAAGAAGCAGCUGUAAACUUUCAUGAGUAUGGUGAUGUAAAUCAGAGAUGGUCCCUUCCAGUGGAUUUCAAACAAAGAGAAUCCCCAUGAAUGACAUGCAACCACAUGAGUCAAAGCAGGGAAUCUUUGGAUAUGUUAACAAAAGUCACAAGCUGUUGUGCUACAUUGGAGGUUGUCUGAAGGUCUAGUUGAUAUUCAGGAACAUUUGUGGGCUUGCCUCUGCCAUGCAGUCAUGCAUUUCAUGGCUCAGUAUCUUAUUAAUUGCAAUGUGAUUAUGACUAUGAUUCUUCUGAAGCCUGUGGAAACAAACAACUGUUUAGUAAAGCAGCCAGUGUGCAGUUUCUUAUAGAAAUCUGAAUGUUUGAUCAGUGAGCUACAUCAUGCCUUUACAGUAAAUUGUCUUGGUGGUCCAGUUUCCUUUAGUUUGGCUUUGAGCACACUCAUCUCAGCACAUUUUUACUGGACAUGAAAAUACCCUGGUUUAGCGGAGAAAAUCUAGAUUCUAAGCAAAUGUUUUUCCUUUUGACAUUUUUGCCCAGAAGGCAAGUGUGCUGUUAUGUAUAGAACUUUAUUGAGUGAUUUCUCAAAUUAUGGAAUUAAGAUGUUUACGUUCUGUUGCCUAUGAAUGGCAAGACCUAUAUUUUACCUGGGUAAUAUAACUAAUUAUUUUAAUCUUGUUUCCCCUUCCUACUAAGCUGUGCAAUAGAGUCUCUGGCUAUUCUCUAUAAUCAUUUCAAACCUCAUUUGAUUUGCAUUUAGGUAUUUGUUCAUUAUCAAAGUUUUUUACUUCAUAAAUGUUUUGUUUUUCUAUGUUUGGGGUAAAUAAACACUAAAUGCUGAA